GUAUUUAGACAAAUGGCGAAUUUUGUUGUUCAGAAGGUUAUAGUGAUGAUUGUCAGUUACAAAAAAAUUGGAUAAAACUAAAUAAUUUCAUUAUAACAAUGCAAUCAGCUACAUUUUUGCAGCAUUCCUAGAUAUUAUAAUAAAUAUGAAAGCGAAACCUUCAAAGAGGGUAGCAGGGAUUAUCAUAAGAUCCAGAAAAUCAAUAGCCAAAGAUGCCGUAGUGACAAACUCAGGCAUAGGGAUGCCAAGCCUAUACCAUGCUCUUGUUGUCAUCUUUCUGGAAUUUUUCGCAUGGGGGCUACUCACUAUGCCACUAAUUCAGGUUUUAAACACUACAUUUCCAGACCAUACAUUCUUAAUGAAUGGUCUGAUAAUGGGUAUUAAAGGCAUACUUUCGUUUUUGAGUGCUCCAUUGGUUGGGGCCCUCAGUGACGUAUGUGGCCGCAAGUUGUUCCUCCUUGUGACCGUGUUCUUCACUUGCCUGCCUAUACCAUUAAUGACAAUCAACAAUUUCUGGUUCUUUGCCAUGAUCAGUAUCUCUGGGGUGUUUGCAGUAACAUUCAGUGUUGUCUUUGCUUAUGUGGCAGAUGUCACAGACGAAAGAGACAGAUCGCUUGCCUAUGGAUUGGUCAGUGCCACAUUUGCAGCCAGCAUGGUAAUAUCUCCUGCUCUAGGAGCAUACUUGAUGGAGAGGUGGUCAGUGUCUUUGGUAGUAGCCCUUGCCACCGCCGUCGCGAUACUAGACGUCUUUUUUAUCUUAGUCGCUGUACCUGAGAGCCUGCCUGAGAAGAUGCGUCUAUCACCCAUAAGCUGGGAACAGGCAGAUCCAUUCUCUUCACUCAGAAAUGUAGGAAAGGAUCCCACGAUAUUGCUACUCUGCAUCACUGUCUUCCUUUCUUACCUACCUGAAGCAGGCCAGUACAGUUGCAUUUUUGUUUACUUGAAACUAGUGAUAGGUUGGAGCGCCCCCAUGGUCGCCGUUUUCGUUGGUUUGGUGGGGCUACUGGCCGUGUUGGCUCAAUUGUGUUUAGGUGCUUUAAUGAAAAACCUAGGUUGUAAGCAUACAAUAAUGUUGGGACUCCUCUUUGAGAUGCUUCAGCUGCUGUGGUACGGUUUUGGAACCACAACUUGGAUGAUGUGGGCAGCCGGUAUCCUUGCCUCUAUGAGUUCUAUCACAUAUCCUGCCAUAUCAGCCUUUGUUUCUAUUCAUAGCACGCCAGAUAAGCAAGGUGUUGUUCAAGGAAUGGUUACUGGAAUGAGAGGUCUCUGUAAUGGUCUCGGUCCAGCAAUGUAUGGUUUAAUUUUCUAUAUAUUCCAUGUGGAUCUCAACGAAGGAGAUAAUCAUGAAGUUAAAAAUAAGGCUCCAGUGCUUUUCGAAACAUAUUCCCAGCUGGUUCCUGGUCCUCCUUUUGUAUUUGGUGCAUUUCUAGUCAUUUGCGCUCUGCUUACCGCUUCUUUUAUACCAACAUCCAAGAGGACAGAUUCUGGUAAGUAUCGCAUACCCCUAGAUACUCACUAUGAAUUAGAAAAAGGACAAAAGGUGGCAGGCACCCUCAGUCCCUUGAUACCCAACAGGAGCAUGGAAAAUGCUGCCAUACUCUAGAUGGUCGACAAAAAGAGGAACUGUUAGUGAUAAUGUCCCUGUAUCAUUUCCUUCUCCAUCGCCAAGUGGACGCUCAGUCCAGAGAAGUGUCCCAAGAUAAAUGUUAAUGUGAUAUAAGUAUAAAAUUCAUUUUCCUUCUCUCUCUACCUCUACCAGUCUCUAUUUGAAACAGUAUUUUUUUUUAAAUGCAAGGCUAACGUAACUGACAUAGUCUAGUGCUCAUGGCUCUCUUUUGACCAGUUGGGUCAGUCAAAAAAGAUUCAAGGUGACUCUUCGAGAAUCCAUGUAAUUGGUAUUAUCAAAACAAAAUUGCUUCAGUGUUUUUUCCGUGAAGCCAUAAGUGAUAAAUCUAAGUACAAAGCCUCACCUUGGUAUGUCUGUUACAGUGGUCUUGUAUAUACUCAAGGACAACCAAUUGUUGCAACAACUUUCUAUGGCAGAAGAAAGUAGUUUUACUUGAUGCUGAUUUCAUAAUUUAGAGAUAAGAAUGAAUAGGAUGUACGUUAGAAAUUUCGACCUAAAUAGUAUUUUAGAUUAUUGUAGAUAUUGUUUAUAUGUUUCGAAGAAAGUUUCACACAAGUUCAGUUUAAGCACCUAGUUACCUGAGAAAUUUUUCUCAGAUUUUUCUUUGCCUUGAUGAUAGGCAUAUCUGUCAAUCAUGUUAACAAAAAUGCAAUUGUUUCUAAAUCCAUAUUCUGAAUUUAUAACACUCGAAGGCAUUAUGAGGGUCUCAUCAAGCAUUUAUAUUGAUAGUGAGAACCUCUGAAAAUUGUUGGAUUUCAGAAUAAAGACCUGACAAAAUUUCUUAGUCAUAUUUUAAAAUAGAAAAUGGGUUGUAGUAUUUUUUAGCUCUAAUUAUUAUAUCUGAAAUUAAGUUGACAGUUUGUGCACAAAUUGCUUUAAUUUCAUUUAAAAAAGUAUUUUACAUUAGGUCUGGACAAAAGUCUGAAAACUAUCAAUUUUUAUUGUGAAAAACAAGUUUCCAUAUGGUUAGGAAUAUUAUAAUGUUAUUAAUUUUCUUAUGGGGUUAAUUGACUUCUGGAGAAAACAGAAAUGAUUAUCUUGAGGGUUGCAAAAUUUAGGAAAUAUCAGAAGUUUGUUUGAGCUGCAUGCAUACUUCUCUGGGGGCGUCAUUCCAAGGCUUUUCUAAAAAAGCAAAUAUAUCGAAAUGAUAUGUGAUGGCUUGUACAUAGUAUUAAAGUAGGAGCAGAGGAAAUAAAUAUCAUAUUUAUUUUUUAGAAAAGCUAUAGCUGUUGAUUAAUAUUAUUGUUGAAUUGAUUGUCAUUAUUGGAUCUGUUCCAUGUUAUUUGAAAUACAUUUAAAUUUCUAAAUCCUUUUACCAAAGAUUCUAUUUAGCAAUUCAGUUCUACUACAACAGCAUUUAAUUUUUUGAUGAAAUAUUUCUUUCUUCUUGUUCAAAACGAAAUAUAUUUCAGUUGUGUGGGGUGUUCAAAAAUGAAUUUUUUUUAGUAUUAUCUCAAUAAUUAUAGAAGAAACAUUGUCAAAAUUCUUGUUCAUAGUGGGAACACCAUUGGCUGAAAUAUUUUUCAAGUUUAUCAAAUAAAAUUUGUUUCUAUAUUAUUUACUGUUGAUAAAAACUAAAUUUUUUUAUUAUAUACAAGUAAUUCUGUCACUGAAAUAAAUUUAUUGAGUGGGGAUUUUUGAGAAUUUUAAAAAUAAAAAGUCCAUUUUAAUCAAACUA